AUGUGGAAGAAAAAAACUAGCUUCGUCCGGACUCUUCUUGAACAACACUUGCUGCAACCCUUCUGUGUGGAGCCUCUGGUGGAGCCUCUGGUGGAGCCCCUGGAGCCUCAGGUGGAGCCCCUGGUGGAGCCUCUGGUGGAGCCUCUGGUGGAGCCUCUGGUGGAGCCCCUGGUGGAGCCUCUGGUGGAGCCCCUGGUGGAGCCUCUGGUGGAGCCUCUGGUGGAGCCUCUGGUGGAGCCUCUGGUGGAGCCUCUGGUGGUGACUCUGGUGGUGACUCUGGAGCCUCUGGUGGAGCCCCUGGUGGAGCCUCAGGUGGAGCCUCUGGUGGAGCCUCUGGUGGAGCCUCUGGUGGAGCCUCUGGUGGUGACUCUGGUGGUGACUCUGGAGCCUCUGGUGGAGCCCCUGGUGGAGCCUCAGGUGGAGCCUCUGGUGGAGCCUCUGGAGCCUCAGGUGGAGCCCCUGGUGGAGCCCCUGGUGGAGCCUCUGGAGCCUCAGGUGGAGCCUCAGGUGGAGCUCAGUGGAACUACAGGGAGCUACGACCAGAUGAGCAUUUCCACUGAGUGUAGUUUCCGCACGGACCUGGACUGGGACCCUCAGAGUGAGAGCUCCUCCAUGAUCAGCUUCGACAUGAGCUCCCCCCGCAGCCCCCGCUCUCCCUCCAAGAACUUCAAGAAUUCAGACGACAAAAAGGGAGUGCUCGACCGCAUCAGCAAUUUUUUCAACCACAAGAAGAGGAAGAGCAGCAGCAGACUUGCUUCAGACGCGUCCACAGGAGGCGACGAUGGGCAGAAGACUCCGACCCAGUCUCCCAACGCCAGUGUGCUGGAUGUGCGGAAAGGAGCGAAGAGCAGCGAUAAUCUGAGUCAGGUGUCCACCCCCAGCACCGCGAGUCUGGCCUCGGUGGUGCCCGGUGACUCGGAGCUGCCCUUUGCCAACAGCAGCAGCAGUGGGAGCAGGAGUAGUGUCCGAGAGGUGUCCGUGACCAAAGUUAGCACCGCAAAGGGGAAUUCUGGGAACGCCACUUCGCCCACUUUAGAGAUCACUCCGUCCAAUACUGAGUUCCAAUCUACUUUAGGCUUUGCUGACUCAGUUGUGGAGGAAGUUAGCAAAAGGCUGCAGGUACUGGAGGAUGAGGAGGAACAUGUCCGCACAGAAACACAGAAGAAGAAAGUCACGACAAAAUCCGUUUCAAGCACUAAUACAAUCAUCGAACCCCCAAAGUCACCGAACCUACUCUCCAUCAGUCUAGCAACAAAGAAAAGCUCUGUGAAGAUAGGAGAGAAUGGACACAGCACUUCUCUGUCGGGGAUCAGGUUAGGGAGUCAGUCCUCCACGUCUCACCUCAGCACCACACAGCACCGUGUGCCCACAGACAGCACUAAGGAUCUUAAACAGACUAAGACAGUGAGCCAGGCCUCAGAGAAGCCUUCUGCAGCUAGCUCGUCACACCAGCAGGAGGACACCUCCAGGACAGAGUCCCCGGUGCUUGUCAAAGCCAUCUGGGUGGAAACACACCUGGGAGAGGAGGACUGGGGCAGGGAGGGGGCGGUGGAUGGUUUAAUCAGAGAGUCGGAGGAGGGCUCCGGAGCGGACUCUCCUCCUGUGCUGGCUGUACCUGCUACAGUCAUUCCUGAAGAUGACUCACUUAGACAGAGCUGCUCUGACACAGCGGCCACCCCCAGAGAGCGCACACCGUCAGGUGGCAUUCUGCCAGAGCCUGCACCCACCCAGAACUCUCCCUCUGCAGAGCCAGAGAGCACCGGCGCUGGCACUGACUCAAAACUCAAGCCUAUUACCCAGAGCUCUCCAGGAGAGGUCCACGUCACACGGAAGACUGUGAGCCUGCCUUCAAAGCACCGCUUUUUCGCCCACAAGGUGAACAUUAGCCCUGAGAGCAGCUCUGACGAGAACAAAACAACAGAAGAAGAACAGAGGAACAGUUCAAAGCCUGUGGACAGAAGUGAGGCUAAACUACGUCCAGCUUCUCCCGUUCAGGAUUAUGUCCAAGAAGACGCCAAACCCAAACCCAGCGCCACCAACGACACUCCACAUUUUGCAGCAGAAGAACUAUUAAUAAUUGGAAAGACUGACUCAGAAACCUCGGACUUGGACGACUCUGUAUUUGUGGACAUGAACAGAGCCCGGUCGCAGCUGCCUCUGAGCCAAGAGGCGAGAAAGACCUCAACCAAACCUCCCUCUGCAGCAGGAGGCCGGACUAAAACUGUGACGGCAAAAGCAAAAGUUUCCUCUGAUGCCACAAAGAAAGACACAGUCACUCAGAAAGAAAGUGGCAAUGAUCGAACUGUUUCAAUGUUACCAACACUAAAAGACCAAAGCACUUCCUUAAAAACUAGACUUCCCAAAAGAUCAACGUCUCCAGUCUCUGCAGAUAAAACAUCCAUCUGUGAAGCGGCCGGUUUGAGCUCCAGGGCUAAGAGAUCAGUGAGGUCCAAAGAACCUGUAAAAACCUCAGUCAGCACCAAACUAGAACGACGACCUUCUACAGAGGAAGUGCGAAGACGAGGAGAGAUUUCCCCUUUGAAAAACAAACCCACAACAAAACCUAUCAGUGAGAAGUCAGACGAAGGCGGUGCCAGUGCGGGUUUUGUGAAUGGUUUAGACGGCAAAGACAGUAACGUUAAAACUCUCAGCAAUUUACCGGAAAAUAAGUCUGUAUCAACAAGCAGAAGCCGGCUGCCUGUUACUCCAAUCAGAAAGAAGAGUGAGGAGACUCAGGAAGUGCUUUCACCAACGGAGACACAGCCCAAUCCUGACAAAGGAACCACAUCAUCCAGACACAAAAGAAACUCUGAAGAUGAGAGAAGCGGCUCGCCUUCCAAACAGACAUCCAGGAUUAGUGAUUCUAAACACAAGAAGAAGGAGCCGGUAGAAGCUCCGUCAUCUCUGAGCAAACUCCCGACACUGGGACAGAAGACGUCCAAAACCAAAUACAAAAGAGCUUCUGCAGUUACGCCUCCAUCGCCUACGUCUAAACUGAAAGAUUCUCCGGAACCCAUGUCCCAACGGUUUGACAAAGAAAUCCAAGAAGACGACGACGUUGUUAUUGAAAAAAUCAUCAUUAAAGUGCGAAAGAACGACAACAACACCAGAGAAUUAAUCAAAACCACUGAAAUUGUGAAGCCAGAGAUGCUACAGAGCAAAACCCAGUGGUUGGAAUCAUUAAAAGACGAUUCUGGAAACGCAGCAGCCACGAUAAAGGAGUCUCCCUCGGGCUGGUUAGAUGUCGAAAACGGUCAAAAACAUCCGCGAAAGAAAGACACCAAACGCAGACCGGAGUGUUCUGCCAGCGAGGACGAGGCGCUGGAGUCGGACGACCUGGAAGAGUUGGUCCGAAGUAUUCAAGAAGGCGGAAUGCCGUUCCCACUGCCCCCCAGGAGACACAUCGGGAAGAAGCAUCUGCAUCCACGGUUUGCUUUGCCUGCCAUCAAGGAGGAUCGGUUUGAGAAAGCGUUUGACCCAGAAAAGUUUAAAUUCGGAUUGAGGAAAAAGGAUUUCUUUCGGGAUUUGUCGCCUGCUCAGAUUAUCAAGCAACAAGCAUCAGCGCGAGAAGAAAACGAUUCCCUGGAUAAAACCAUAGAUGAAGACAAGCCCGAGGUGAAUGGGAAACGUGCAGAGGAAGACGGGGUUCUGGAUGAGCCCGGGCAGGAGGAGAUUGUAAAUAAUGGAAUUGGGAAGCAACCCUCGCGGCUGGACCGGAUGUCUAUAAUAACCAGUCUGCUGUCAUCUCCCAGGACCAGCAAGACCCACAAAGAGAAGCCGUCCCCUGCCCUGGAGAGUGCUCAAUCUGUGGGUCAAGAGCAAGGCCGAUCCGGGAAUGAGAAACCAGUGCUUCCUGAGGUCAAAGCUGAUAACGAGGGUUUGAAGACGUCAGAUCAAGCCACGCCUUUCUCCCCGGCUUCUACUGAGAGCAGUGUCAAUAGUGAGUCGCCCUUUAGUCCCUCGUCCGCUCUGCAUUUCCCGGUCUUUACAGAGAUCCAGCUUCCAGAGCAUUUGGAAAAGUACAUCAAGAAGAAGAAGAAGAAUUGGGAAUCUGAGGAAGAUAAAAGUUUGGGGGAAACUGGUAAGAUGGGUGAAAACACGACAGAUGUGAAGAAGAACUCAGAGUCGGAGUCGGAUAGAAGCGAGACAGACCUGAAGAGUCCAACUGUAAACUCAACUCCACAGUUUACUCAAGAGUCGCUUCUGACCAGGACCAAUGCAAAGACCAAGGAAAAGACCAGGGCAAAGACCAGGGCAAAGACCAAGGGAAAGACAAAGAUUCCGGUCAUUCGAGGGGUUCACAAGAGACCGGGAAAGAUGGUUUUACACGAACGAGCUGAGUUUGCCGGAGAAACCUUUGAAUUGCACCGCAGCAUGGAGGACGCCACUUCACUGAAGCUGUCCCCGGUCGUCUCGGUCAGAGUCAUCAGAGGAUGCUGGUUGCUGUAUGAGAAGCCCGGGUUCGAAGGCCGCACUAUUGCUCUGGACGAAGGCAGCUCAGAGCAGAUCGUGAAUGUGUGGGCAGAGGAGGAGGUUCCAGUCCCAGACCAGCACGAGCCCACGGUGCCGCUGGUCAUAGGGUCCAUCAAACUGGCAGUCCAGGAUUACACUGUGCCCAGAAUCGACUUGUUCUCAGAAGUGAACGGGAUGGGAAUGAUGAUGUCCUGCGACGACGAGGCCGUGGAGAUCGGCUCCUACGGGAGACCGCAGACCACCGGAUCCAUCAAAGUCCAUUCUGGCGUGUGGUUGGUCUACAGCGACCCGGGGUUUGGAGGAUUUGUGGGGGUCUUGGAGCCGGGAGAGUACGCCUGUCCUGAGAGCUGGGGGUUUCCACAGCCCUUCAUUGGAUCCUUACGCCCCCUGAGGAUGGGACCGAUACGAGUGGAUCGACCCGAUGAAGUCAAGGCUCUGGUGUUUGAGAAGCCCCACUUCGAGGGCGUGUCCCUGGAGGUGGACGCUCACGUGUUCAGCUUCGAGGAGCUACAACAAAGCGACGCAGACGACGGGGACCAGAAACUGUCUGCAGUCGGAUCCUUGAAGAUCAUUGGUGGACUCUGGGUGGGAUACCAGGAGGCAGACUUCGAAGGCCAGCAGUACGUCCUGGAGGAGGGGGAGUAUGCACGCUGCGAGGACUGGGGCGGAGCCGGGGAGGGGCUGCUGUCGCUCAGGCCGGUGCUCUCUGACUUCCUUUCUCCUCAGAUUAAACUGUUCUCGGAGCCAAGGUUCAAGGAGCGCAGCCUCAACAUUGACCUCAUGUGCCCCGUGUUUCACUUUGAGGCGGUGGGACACAGCACCAAGACUCAGUCCGUCCAGGUCCGGAGCGGAGUGUGGGUUGCUUUUGAAAACCCAGGGUUCUGUGGAGAGCUGUACGUCCUGGAGAAAGGUCUUUAUGAAAGUCCAGACGACUGGGGGGCCGCGAACUUCAGAAUCUCCUCCAUACAACAUGUGUUCUAUGAUUCAAUAAACAACAAAACCAAGUUUAAGGUUCAGUUGUUUUCGGAGCCAAACUUCCAGGGACAACUUCAUCAAAUUGAAAACAGCACGGAUUCUCUCGACGACGUAGAACCCAAGUCCUGUAAAGUCCUGUCCGGAAGCUGGGUGAUGUAUGAAGGGCCCCGCUACACCCAGAGAAUGCAUGUGUUAGAGGAGGGGCACUACCCCAGCCCCGAGGCCAUGGGGCUGGGGUCUGAAAACACCAUAAUCCGCUCAGUUCAGACAGUCGGGCGUGAGUUUUCUCUGCCGUGUAUCGUCUUAUUCAGUAGAACAGGCUGCAGAGGCCGCAGGCUCCUGCUGGAACAUGGGAGCGUGAGUCUGAACCAGGCCGGACAUGACGGACGUGUGCGCUCCCUGGUGGUGGAAGGUGGAACGUGGGUGGUCUAUGAAAGCAGUGGUUACCGUGGGCGACAGCUGCUCUUGUUGCCAGGUCAGGUGAACGACUGGUGUCUUCUCAGCGGAUGGGAGCAGAUAGGAUCUUUGCGACCAUUAAUUCAAAAGCAGCAGUAUUUCCAUCUGCGCAGUCAGGACACAGGACACUUGUUUUCUUUGACUGGAUCCAUGGACGACCUCAAACUGAUGAGGGUCCAGGCCGUGGAGGAGACCGGGGGCAUGGAGCAGGUCUGGGUCUACAGGGACGGACUACUCUCCUGCAAGCUGCUGGAGGACUGUUUCCUGGAGAGCACGGGCACGAUGCUGAUGGCAGGAAGUCGUCUGUGUGUUUCCUCCGACAAAGGCAAAGAAAACCAGCUGUGGGACUUCUCACCCGACGGUUUAGUGCGCUGUCAUCUGCGACGAGACCUGGUCCUGGAGGUCAAAGGUGGAAACCAGUUCGACAAAAACCAAGUUAUUCUGAACCAGUUUGAUGAAAGGAAACCAAACCAGCGGUGGACGUUGGAGCCCAUUUAG